AUGGCCGACAUCUCAACGUCUGCUUCCUCCAGAGCUUGGCCCCCCGUAGGGGGAAGCUCGGAUUCGUCAUUGUCGGAUGCCAGCAAAUCUCCCUCCGAUGCUGCGAUAGACAUCUCAUCUUCGCCACGCCCCGUUUCCGAGUGCCUGGAUGAGGAUGCGGACGGGAAUCAAACAUAUUUUUACUUCAUGUUGUUUGAAAGGCUUGGACAUAUGCGAUAUGCUUUGUUCAGUUUGGGGUUUGUUUUGUACUGUGUGAUCCUGUUCCUCAAUACACUUAUUAUUCUUGCAGUAUGUUUGGAAAGGACAAUGCAUCAGCCCAUGUACAUUCUGAUUUUAUGUUUGUCCAUUAACUCUGUGUAUGGUACAGCUGCCUUUUUUCCCAGGGUACUGACAGACUUGCUGUCUAAUACAAACAUAAUCUCCUAUGAGGCGUGUUUCUUGCAGAGUUUUGUUAUUUUCUCAUAUACAGCAAAUGAGUUUGCAAUAUUAAUGCUAAUGGCAUUUGACAGAUUUGUGGCAAUCAGUAAACCAUUACAAUACCAUAACAUAAUUACUUCUAAGAGUCUAAUUGUUUUAAUAGUUAUAAACUGGAUGUAUCCAUUCAUUUGUCUUGGUAUAGGAAGUCUUUUAACUGCCAGACUUCAAAUGUGUGAUAAUAAAUUGUGGAAGGUAUACUGCCACAACUAUGAAAUUGUUAAGCUCUCUUGUGUGAACUCUGUUCUUUUAAAUCUUUGGGGCUUUUUUGUACUAUUUAUAAAUGCUGUUAUCCCUUUUAUUUUCAUUUUUUAUUCGUAUGUUAAAAUUCUUUUCGUUUGUCACAGAAGUUCAUCUAAGUUCAAGAGCAAAGCUUAUCAAACUUGUUUAUAUGUAACAAUUAUAAAAUCAAUUGAUAACAUCAAUAAAUCCUUGCCAUUCAUUCUUUACUGCUGA